AUGGCGCCACCCGGACGCCGGAGAGGCAAUCUCUCACCGGGAGCCAUGCUCCUCGGUCUCUUCUUCCUCUUCUCGACGACCGCGUCCGCCGCCUCAGCCGUCAUUGGCGUAGACCUAGGCACCGAAUACAUCAAAGCCGCGCUCGUAAAGCCCGGCGUUCCCCUCGAAAUCGUCCUGACCAAAGACUCGAAACGGAAAGAGACGUCAGCUGUCGCUUUCAAGCCCUCCAAGAGCGGUGCCCUGCCUGCGGGCUCCUUCCCCGAACGCUUCUACGGCGGCGAUGCGAUUGCGCUCCAGGGACGUUUCCCGGGCGAUGUAUACCCGAAUCUGAAACACCUUCUUGGUGUGUCGAGUGAGAGCGAUAUCGUGGGCACGUACAAGGAGAGAUACCCUGCGUUGGAGGUUACAGGAACGGACAAGCGCAACACGGUUAGCUUUGUGAGCAGCGUCUUCGCCGAGGACAAAUCAUACACCGUUGAGGAGCUACUGGCUAUGGAGUUGAAGAACGUCAGGGAGAACGCAAAGGCGAUGGCGGGCAAGGGCUACGAUAUCCAGGACGUUGUCUUUACGGUUCCGGCAUUCUACACGGUCGACGAGAGGCGCGCGCUUGAGGUUGCUGCUCGUCUGGCUGGUCUCAAGGUGCUCAGCGUUGUUUCUGAUGGUCUGGCUGUUGGUCUCAACUAUGCUACUGGCAGGACCUUCCCCGACGUUACCAAGGACGGCAAGCCGGAGACGAACCUGGUGUUUGACAUGGGCGCUGGAUCUUUGUCGGCUACUGUUCUCAAGUUCCAGGGCAGGUCUGUCAAGGAUGUUGGCAGGCGCAACAAGACUAUCCAGGAGGUUCAGGUCAUGGGCGCUGGAUGGGACAGGACGCUUGGAGGUGAUGCGAUGAACUCGCUCAUCGUCGACGACAUGGUUGCUACCUUUGUUGAGCUUCCAGCUGCUAAGAGCGCUUCUUUCACCGCCGACAAGGUCAAAGGCCAUGGACGUACCGCUGCGAAGCUCUUCAAGGAGGCUGAGAGGGUUCGCCAGAUGCUCAGCGCUAACAAGGAAACUAAUUCUUUCUUCGAGAGCUUCUACGAGGAUGUCGACUUCAAGUACAAGCUAUCUCGCACCAAGUUUGAGGAGCUUACUGCCGACUACGCCAAACGUAUCGAUGGACCGAUCAACCAGGCCCUCGCAGCCGCUGGCCUUACCUUCGCGGAUAUCGACUCUGUCAUCGUCCACGGUGGCGCGAGCCGCACACCCUUUGUCCAGGCCCGCCUCGAAGCAGUCGCAGGCAAGAGCAAGAUCAGGGCGAACGUCAACGCCGAUGAGGCUGCCGUGUUCGGCGCUGCUUUCAAGGCCGCUGGACUCAGCCCGUCUUUCCGCGUGAAGGAGAUCCGCGACUCGGACACCCAAGGCUACAACCACGGCUACCAGUACAUGCUCAACCUUAAGGACCGCGACCAGAAGAUCUUCACCCCCAACACCAAGCUCGGAGCGACCAAGGACCUGCCUUUCAACUUCAUGGGCGAGUUCGAGUUCACCAUGUACCAGGCUGUUCCCGGCGCUAACGGCGAGGUGUCCAAGGAGCCUACUCUUCACUUCCAGAGCGGUAACUUGACAAAGGUCGUUACUCACAUGAUCAACGAGAACAAGUGCGAGCGUGAUAGCUUCAACAACUAUGUUCAGGUUAGGCUCAGUCCUGUUACUGGUACUCCUGAGGUCUUGUCUGCGUGGGUCACAUGCGAGACUGAGAGCGAGGAGGUCAAGGGCGGCAUUGUUGAUGGUGUCAAAAAUCUGUUUGGUAUGGGUGGUAAGAAGGAUCAGGAGCCGUUGAAGGAGGGCGAGAGCUCUUCUUCUUCAUCUGCUUCGUCCUCCAAGUCUUCCAAAUCAUCGUCGUCUUCCUCUUCCGCAGGUGCUGAGAGCACUGAUGCUGCCAAGGCUGGGGAGAAGAAGAUUAAGACUGUUAGGUCGGCGAUUACGUACGAUGUUGAGCAGUUGGGUUACAAGAAGUUCCCUCGCAAGGAGUUGAAGAGGAUGCAGGACAGGCUCGCCGCUUUCGAUUCAUCUGACAAGUCUCGCCGCACCCGCGAGGAGGUCUUGAACUCGCUUGAAGCCUUCACCUACCGCGCUCGGGACUAUCUCGACGACGAAUCCUUCAUCGGAGCUUCCACCUCUGCCGUCCGCGAAUCGCUCGAAAAGGCACUCAGCGCUGCUUCAGACUGGAUGUACUCCGGCGGUGCCGAUGCAGAUGAGAAGACUCUUAAGGGCAAGCUCAAGGAGCUCGAGGACAUUGUCAAACCAGUGAUGAAGCGCAAGGAUGAGGCCGCCAAGCGCCCCGAUGCCAUCAAAGAGCUCAAAGACACCAUCGCCCACAUCAAGGAAGUCGAGCAACUAGUCGACGGCCAGAUCAAGACGCAAUCCGCCGAGAGCUCCAAGAGCAGCGAAGCCGUCUCCAAAGCCUCCGCCUCCGCCUCCGCCUCGCCCUCCACCGACCCCAUGGACGAGCUUGACGAAGAGGCCGACGCACCCGCCGCGCCUGAGAUCACCGAAGUCCCAACCAUCUACACAGAAUCCGAUCUCAAGACUGUCCAAGAGCACGCACAAAAAGCACAGGUCUGGCUCGACGACAACGAAGCCAAGCAGGCUGAACUGGGUCCCACAGAUGAUCCCGUCUUCACGGUCAAGGACAUCAUGGCCGAGAAGAAGAAGCUAGACGACGUCGUCAUGGACAUGAUGAUGAAGAAGAUGAAGCACUUCAAGCCCCCGAACCAAUCUAGUUCAAAGACCAAGACCGCGAAGCCGAAGACGAAGAAGGCGAAGAAGACUAAGACGAAGAAGGCGGGGAAGGCUGAGACGAAAGAGACUGAUGUUCCCGCUGCAGACAGUGAGAACGCACCGAGUCAAGCGGAGUUGGAGGAGGCGUUGAAGAAGGCGGGCUUCAGUGCUGAUGGCAUUAAGUUGCAGAAUAUGGGGAGUCAGACGGAUGGAGAGGAGGGCGAUGUGACGGAUGAGAAGGGCAGGUUGUUGAAGAAAUUGGAUAUUGGAGAGGGGGCGAGUGAGGAGGAUAUUAAGGCUGCUAUUGAUCGGUUGGUGGCGCAGGGUGGACAGGGUAAGGAUGGGAAGGGGAAGAGAGAGGAGGGGAGUGAUGAGUUAUAG